AUGCAGCGGUGGUGGUGGCUCCUGCUAGGAUUGUGGACGGUCCUGCCCACGGGGAGGGGGGACAAGCUGCUCAAUGUCUGCAUGAAUGCCAAACACCACAAGAGGGAGCCGGGUCCAGAAGAUGAGCUCUAUGUGGAGUGUGAGCCCUGGAAAGACAACGCCUGCUGCACAUCUACUACGAGCUGGGAAGCCCACCUGGAUGUGUCCCCGCUCUACAACUUCAGCUUCGUUCACUGUGGAUUGUUGACCCCAGACUGUCAUAGGCACUUCAUCCAAGCCAUCUGCUUCUACGAGUGCUCCCCAAACCUGGGGCCAUGGAUCCAGCCAGUGGACCCCAGUGGGCCAGAGCAGCGAGCUGUGGGCGUGCCACUGUGCCACGAGGACUGUGAGCAGUGGUGGGAAGACUGCCGCACGUCAUACACUUGCAAGUCCAACUGGCAUGGUGGCUGGGACUGGAGUCGGGGGAGGAACCGCUGCCCUGCAGGGGCCCCCUGCCGCCCAUUCCCCCACUACUUCCCCACCCCAGCUGACCUGUGUGAGAAGAUUUGGAACAACACCUUCAAGGCAAGCCCAGAGCACCAGGGCAGUGGACGGUGUCUUCAGAAGUGGUUCGAGCCUGCACAGGGCAACCCCAAUGUGGCUGUGGCCCGCCUCUUCGCCAGCCCCGCCCCAGCCUGGAAGCUCCCCUCCACCCUUGUGGGCUUCUCUCUAUUCCUGCCGUUCCUCCCCUAA